GAGCAGUGAGCAGUCCAUUUGACAAGGAGAUAAGGCGCGCGCCACCACACACGCACAGCGGCAUCCCAGUAAGCUCCAUCGGCGGGCAUGGGGGCACUACCCGUCGCCCACAAGCUCGCUCUCACCUCCCCCUUCCUCCCGCGCCACCGCCGACCCUGCCCCGCCGCCCACCACCACGGGCAGCGCCGGCGGCGACAUGGAGUGGUGGUGGCGUACAUGGAGCCGAACCCCAAUUCGCCGGCGGCCAUCGCGGGGCGCCUCGUCGGGGCGCUCCCCGUGGUGGGCCUCGUUGCGCGCAUCCUGAGUGACGAGGGCGGCGUCGGCGGCGACAUCAUCGACUUCGCCGAGUUCCGCCGCCGCGUCAGCAAGAAGUGCACCGUCAUGGACUCCCAGGCCUUCUACGACUUCAACGAGCGCCGCGGCAAGCCGGGGGAUCCCUUCUACGUCCUGCUGUGCUGCUGGCUCGCCGCCGUCGGCGCCGGGCUACUCAAGACAGAGGAGAUCUUGGAAGGCGUGGCGCGGCUCCGCAUUUCCAACGACAUCGAGUUCGAGGAGGAGACCUUCAUUGACAUGAUCAGGACGGCAAAGGAGAAACGAGCAAAGCUGAAGGCUCCAGCUCCGCAGAUACCGAUGGAAACGCGGGCGGAGAAGGCCCUUGAAGCCAUCUACGUCUGCUGCUUCGGGCAGGACAUGGUUGAGGAAGAGGACGAGAAGCUUCUCCGCACGAUACUGAACGCUGUCUUCCCCUCCGUCGGGAGGCCGGCGAUCGAGAGGAUGGUGGCGUCCAUGGCCAAGCAGGUGGCCUCCGGCGAGAGGAAGCGGGACGGGAGGACCGUGUCCAAGGAAGUUCAGCAGCGGCAGCUCAAGGACCUACAGUUUCUCAAACAGAACAAGCUGGACUCUGCAUGAGCCAUCGAGCGUGUUUGGCCGUGGUUUACUUACUCAGGUAUUUGAGUUCCGUAGUUGUAGGGAGACGAGGAACAAGUCAGAUGCAAUUUGGUUUUUACCAUAAGUGUGCUAGGAGGAAUCAGCCAUGAUAGCUUGCAAUGCAAAGAUAUCGAAUGUAAUUAGGACGGCAAGCGCGGUUCAUAGAGUCAGCACAGGGAAGCAGAGUAAAAGUACAAUUUUGAAACGAACCAGGGCAGUAGGGUUGCCGAUUAUAUUAAAA